AUGAAUUUUACUCAAAGUGAGAACUCGAACGGUAUUCGUCAUUCAUGGAAUAUCCUUCCUGCCAACAGGCUCGAUCAAUCUCGUUGUAUUGUUCCUGUUGGAUCUUUGUAUACUCCAUUGAAGGAAAUACCAAAUCUCAUUACACUUCCCUAUGAACCUGUUGUUUGUAAAACUUGCAGAGGUAUUCUUAACCCAUUCGCAAAAGUAGACUAUAGAACUAAAUCAUGGGUUUGUCCAUUAUGUAUGGAUAUGAACAUGUUUCCACAAGCCUAUAGCGGUAUUACCGAGACUCAACCACCAGCUGAACUUCAUACUGCUUUCACUACUAUUGAAUACAAACUCGUACACAAGCCUCCAGCACCUGCCCCAGUAUUUUUGUUAUUGGUUGAUACUUGUCUUCCAGAAGAUGAGAUGAGAUUCUUGAAAGACUCAAUUUUACAAAGUCUCAACAUUAUUCCCGAUAACUCACUUGUUGGUUUAAUUACAUAUGGUGCUACUGUUCAAGUUUUUGAGUUGGGAUUUAAGGAAUGUAGCAAGGCUUACGUUUUUAGAGGUGACAAGGAGACACCAUUCGAACAAGUUCAGGACCAAUUGGGUUUGAAAUUAGUUGGAGUUCAACAAUUUGGGCAAACUAGAUUGCCAAAUCAACAAAAUCUUACCAACGCAACAUCAAAGUUUUUGUGCCCAAUUUCUGAAUGUCCACAACUGAUGGAUAUUAUUGAAGAGCUUCAACCAGACCCAUGGCCUGUAAAGAGUGGACGCCGUCCUCGUCGCUGUACAGGUGUAGCUCUUUCUGUUGCAACAUCAUUGCUCGAGUCCACUUUCAAGGGAUAUGGUGCAAGAAUUAUUAAUUUUAUUGGAGGACCAUGUACUUUUGGCGAUGGUCAAGUUGUUGGAUUGGAGCUAAUUGAACAAAUUAGAUUGCACAAUGAUUUGAGAAAUGGAAAGGCCCCUCACUUCAAAAAAGCAACUGAAUACUAUAAGAAGAUUGCUCAACGAUUGGUUCAAAACGGACAUGUUUUAGAUAUUUUUGCUGCUAAUCUUGAUCAAGUUGGAGUUUUGGAAAUGAAAUCAUGUUGUGAAAAUACAGGUGGAGUCAUGGUUUUAACUGACACAUUUGACAAUCCAAUAUUUAAAGAAUCGUAUAUGAGAUAUUUUGAAACUGAUGCCAAUGAUCAACUCAAGAUGGCUCUUAAUGCAACCAUAGAAUUACAAUGCUCCAACGAAGUAAAAGUUUGUGGAGUUAUUGGACCAGUAACAUCCAUGAAUAGAAAAGGCAACAACGUAACAGAAAACAUCAUUGGAGAAGGAAACACCAAUGCAUGGAAGAUUAAUGCCAUCCAUCCAAACACCACACUCGCUUUUUAUUUCGAUGUUGUUAAUCAGCAAAAUCCAGCCAGCAUGAAUACUCCAGCUAUUAGAUGCUUCCAAUAUAUUACAGCAUAUCAACAUCCUUCAGGUGAAUAUAGAUUGAGAGUUACUACUCAGGCCUUAGGAUGUGCUCAACCAAACAGAUUCGAUGAAGUUGCUCAAGGUUUUGACCAAGAGGCAGCAACUGCCUUGGUUGCCAGAUUAUCUGUGUUUAAAGCCGAAUCAGAAUAUUUGUUUGAUGUAUUGAGAUGGCUAGAUAGAUCCCUCAUCAAAUUAGUGUCAAAGUUUGGAUCUUAUCAACCAAAUGAUCCAAACUCCUUGAUUCUUUCUCCACAAUUUUCAAUAUUCCCUCAAUUCCUUUACCAUUUGAGAAGAAGUCAAUUUUUAAGAGUUUUCAACAGCAGUCCAGAUGAAACUGCAUGGUUUAGAUUAAUUUUGAAUAGAGAAACUACCACCAAUUCUAUUACAAUGAUACAACCCACAUUAUACUCAUAUUCAUUCACAGAGCCUCCUCACCCUGUUGAACUGGAUUCAAAUUCUGUCAAACCAGAUGUCAUUCUUCUUUUGGAUACAUUCUUUGCUGUAUUAAUUCACUAUGGCGAGACUAUUGCUUCAUGGAGAGAGGCUGGAUAUCAUACUCAGCCAAAAUAUGAAAACUUUGCCAAGCUGUUAGAAUUGCCAAAGGAAGAUGCCAAGCUUAUUAUCAAAGAUCGUUUCCCAUACCCAAGAUAUAUCGAAUGUGACCAAGGAUCAAGUCAAGCCAGAUUCCUUAUUGCAAAGAUCAAUCCUUCCACAACUCACAAAGACCAAGCUUAUGGACAAAAUAGCACUGUUGUAUUAACGGAUGAUGCUGCCAUGCAAGUGUUUAUGGAUGGAUUGAGGAAGUUGGCUGUUCAAUCACAAUAA